AUGCCCCGACACGUCCGAUUCGCGUCCCGUUCGCGUUACCAAGGUCUGAGCGGACAUUGGGAAACGGACGUGCUUUGGACGUUUCUCGGCGAUUCUAGGGAUCCCUUAAGAGUUCUGAGGCUACUAAAGUGGUCACUAGAAAUGCCCCGACACGUCCGAUUCGCGUCCCGUUCGCGUUACCAAGGUCUGAGCGGACAUUGGGAAACGGACGUGCUUUGGACGUUUCUCGGCGAUUCUAGGGAUCACUUGAGAGUGCUGAGGCUACUAAAGUGGUCACUAGAAAUGCCCCGACACGUCCGAUUCGCGACGCGUUUGCGUCACCAAGGUUCGAGCAGUGCUGGGGGCUCUUUUUACGCCGUUUCGUGAUAAUCAUCACUCCGUACAUCUUGUUGAAUUGUUCCAGACCAGCAUCAGAAUGCGAGGAUUCGCUACACAACGAAAGCAAUGCUCGGUUAAUAACAGAUGAUUUUACAGGUCGGUUCUGAGUUGGCCUUUUUUUUCACUGUUGUUUUUUAAAUAUAGUAUUUUCUUAACUUCUUGAAGAAUUGUCACUCUACGCAACCAAUUCUGCUGGGACCAUUUUUUUCGAAAAUAUCUUGAAGCGAGAAACUUGUCGUUCGAGCCUUUUUGACAUAUGGGAAUGGGGCGACGAGAAAAUGAUGGACAAUAUUUGACCCCACGCUUUGUCCUUGUUGUAGGAAACAUAAUGAAAAUGGAACGGAAGGUUUUUAGCUCUUAAUUUCAUUCAUCGACAAAAAUUAUCGACUUUAAUAUGAAUAGUGCAUUCAAGUUUAGAAAUAAAAAUAUGGUAAAGCAAAGGUUUCAGAAAAAAAGUAUAUUUUUCCUUUUAAAAAUAUGUACAGUUUCAAGUCUGACUUUUUAAAAAAAUUGUCAUUGACUUUUUCAAAAAAAUUCUUUUUUUCCCAUAUUUUUUUCUAAUUUCACUCAAAAGGAACUAUCUCGAAUAUCACUUAACCUUAAUAUAGCACAUGAAAUAUUAUGAUUUUUAAAUCAAAUAAAAAAAGUUUGACUUAAAAUUUACUCCAAACAUAAAAAAAGUCUGCAUUUGCGGUCAUCCAAACUGAAUCUUUCUAGUUUUUUUGAAAUGCAUUUUUUUGAAACGAACAUCCUUUGGGCAAGAUCUGAAUGCAACCAAAAAAUAAACAUUACCUCUCUUAUAAACAUUCGCAAUGUUUAGUUAAUAAAUUUUUUUGAUCGUGUAUAGUUCUCUUUUUUUCGAUCAAUUUUGAAAGAGUUUCAAUAGACGAAAAAAUGAAAAAAAAAAAAACAGGACUGUUAGGAAAAUAUCAUGGAUUACUGUCAUUGAAAGUGGAAAAAGAUGAAAAAAAAGUCAAGUGCCGUUGAGAAUAAGCAAGUUUGAAAAAGGAUUUAUCUUUUUUUGUUUCGAAAGCUUUUCUCAUGUCCUCGAACCUAUUCACCACUUGCAUUUUGAAUGAACUGAGUUCUGGUUUUUUUUAUUAAGAGUUUUGAUUCAGAAAACAACGUCUCAGAAAAUCGAUGUUUCUAUAAUUAGAACUGAAAUUUAUUGUUUAAAAUUAAAGGCUGCAAAAAAAGAUUUUUUGAAUUUUUUUGCCUUGUCAAAAUUCUCAACUUCUCAUUGAGCUUCAUCUUUCAUUCUCACAAAAGUUUUUCUCAAGUUUUUCCCUUCCUAUUUCGGAGAUUUUGUCAAAUAGAAAAUUUCUUGAGCUCACUCAAACCGUCAGAAUACUUCUUGGAGAACGAAAUAUGAAGAAACGCUCCACAAUAAAAAAAAAGUGGCCAAAAGCCCAAUUUCGAUGGUUGAAAAUGAGAGUGGAAAAGUCAUUUGGAAGGAGCUGAUGGGGGUAGUUGGGCGUGCGGCAGGAGCGACCGCCCGUCGCGUUUCCUUUCUUGGAAUAUUUCCUGAUUUCACAGCUUUCUGAUUUUCAGCCGCCAAGGAAAUUGUCUGGGAUAAACGUCAGUAUUAUGGUUUUCAAUACAUUCAAAGAAUUAAAAUAGUUUACAUAAUAUUUCAAGUCUUCGCCUUAGUUUCUAGGUACCAUCUUCGCUAAAUUCAGUUUCGAUUCAAUGAAAAAAAAAAGUUUAUAGCUGGGUCCUAAUUUCAAAGUUGAAACCUCACAGACACAAAAAACUGAAUUUUGAUAUUGAAGGAAAAUAAGAAGAAUCACAAGGUGAUUUCUUGAUAUAAAGAAAGGUCAACUGGGAGCAGCUUUAUUUUUGCAAGAUUCAGAACCUUGUUUGAAUCGAAAUCGUGAAAUAAAUUUAUUCCGAAAUGAGAUUUGAUCCAAAUUCAGUACCAGUAUAUAUCAUCACAACCUUUUUUCUUAAAUCUGUUCGAAGCCGAAAGCGACUAACUGAGACUUACAGUAAGUCAGCAAACAAACUCAAAAGCAGGUUACCGAAAAAAAACCAAGUUCUCCUAAUCGGUCGGCAAAUACCACGGAAAUUUCUUCAACUUACUCCUUUUCUAGGAAUUUUUCCAGCAAUCUGUCCCUUUUUCGACAAUCAAAUCAAUAAGGCCUUACAGCCUUGAUUUACGGCCCAUAUUUAGCAGUUGAAGUGACGGCGGCUGGCCUCGGCCCCCCACUAAACGGCGGAUAACCGUUCAAGUGGAAGGAUUACGGCGACGGCGGAGACACGACCGUCUUUCCUUAAGAUUCGUCCUUAAAGAGAAUCAUUAGGAGCGUUAAACUCAUUAAAAUAUUUUAAGGUGAGAUUAUAGAUUUAUACUCAAUUCAAAAGCAAGGUUUUGAGGAGUACAAUUUUCUGGGUGAAAGUUGGUGACAGAUCACAACUGAAAUCGAAAAAUUCCUUUUGAACCCGUUCAUUCAUUUCAUAUUUUUAUAGUGGGCUAGACUCCGAAAAUACCGUUUAUUUCUAACCGGCCUACCUCGUAUGUUUCAUUAAUCUUGCAAAUUUUCAAUUUUUACAGUACGAAAACUACCGUAGUUUGUUUUGAGACCAUUCCGAAGCACGUCGGAUCUCAUUCCGCGCGUCCCAUUCAACUUCAGAAUUCGACUCGGUCGUUUCCGGCCUUGUCGGCACCUCUUUUAUGAAUCAAAGGCCUUCAGAAUUGUCUGCCGGAAGUCGACCGCACGUUCUUCCAUUUUUUGAAUGUAGUCGAGCUUCAAUUCCCUUUAGGAAAAUGAGAAGAAUAGAAAUUUUUGCAUUUUCGAGAGUUUCUUCAUUCUGAAGAUGGUCUUUUAUUGAAGGUGAACUAAACUAAAACUUUGGUCAAAUACAAAUUUUCUUAUUAGAUUUGAGUUUUUUUUUCAGAGUACCUAAAUCUUUAUUUUUUAUCCUUGUAAUUUUUUGAAAAAGUUUCUUCUCGAUCCCUAAAGCUUUUCUUUCACCAAUCUUUAGAGAUUGUUUUCUGUGAUUUUUUUUUGAUUGGAUUUUCAAAGGCAGUGAAUCAAAAAAAUCAAAUCAAUGCGAACUUGGCGUCUCAUAAAAAGGGCUGCGGAGUGCCUUCCAGCCAGAACGAUCCAUGUUUACGCAGAGACGAUGAACGUUUUCUCAGUCCAUGUACGUGAAAGGGUGGGUCCAUUGUACCGAGCACGGCUGAGUCAGACUUGGGCUCGAACCUGGCCACCACUCGCCGUUGCUCCAACUUGCUUCUUGCGUGGGCUGUGUCAGUUAUGACUUUUUCUAUUUCGACUCUAGUUCUUGUCAAAUAAGCUUCGAAAAAAACUAAAGAAGUUAUGUGACCGUUUCAAGUGAGCUGAGUCGGUGAAAUUGUUUUCUUAACGUUGAAAUUUUCAUUAUUUAUGCUCAGUUUUUUUAAAUACGGACGAGGAAUCGGCUUGAAUAGCAAAGUAUGGUGAUUUCGGUCCGAUUCAGAAAAAUAACUCCGUGAUUUAACCAAUUUUCGAAUUCUUUUGAGUGAAAAUUCCGAAGAUAGUACGUACUUUUCUACAGAAAGCAUUGAAAAAUGUCAUAUUUCGAUGUUAAAAAAAACGCUUGAAACUCUAAGAUUUUUUUUUAUUAUUUCAUCUUGUAGAUCGUUUAUUUCCAUCCGUAUCUUUCAAAAAAGUUCUACGCAUGCAUUUAUUUCUUAUAUAUCUCAUUUACGCAAUACCUUUGGCUUCCUGUUGGACCUUUCAACGUUUAUUCUCUCCCGUUUUUCUAGUUUCAAACAAAUGGAAAACGUGAGCCGUUCAUUUUCUAUAGUUUUCCGAGCCAAGGCCUACCAGAUGUGUCCUCCCCUUCUUGGCCCUCACCGCCGAAAAAUCGCUCGCUUCCAAUCAUUUAUACCGCCUCCUCUUUGACCACGCGUCUGUCUUCUAAUUACUUUUUUUUUUCAUAUUCGUUAGUUGCAUCCAAUUUUUUCGCUUUUGAAAAGUAUUUCGAGGGCUUUUUUUCAGGAAUAACACUUUAUUCAGAAUUUAUAGUAGUAAUCUAUAACCAAUACUCGUUAUCUCAACAUUAUUUAUGAUUCUUUACGAAUUGCAUUUAACUUACAAAAAUGAGAAAUUUUUUUCUAAUUCAUUAAAGGAGGUGGGAAAUCGAUAAAGGAAAUCUCAGUUUUGCUUUUUCAAACAUGUUGAUCACAAUUUCCAUGUUUUUCUCAGAUUCAGCUCUCAAAUUCUUGUUCUAUUCAAGAAAAUUGAUAAGAUUUCCUUUAAAAAAAAAAUUUUUUUUUUCCGAGUUUCUGCGAGAGGGUCUAUCAAAAACGCUUUGAUUACCCAUUCGACCGGACGUUAUUCACCACGCCGAUUUAUGGCCCGAUCUUUUCUGAAAUUUACAAUCCCAGUACUUUUUUGUUCAAAUUUGCCUGCGCUUCAACUUCAGUUCGAAUUUCAGAUGAAAAACAAAAUAAUAAGUCGGAUUUUAUCGUGGUUUACCUCCUGCCUUGCUAUCGAUAGGUGCUAUCGUUAUCUCCUGGUCGGAAAGCAGUUCAUUUUCAUCGACUUUUCUUUCUUCGCUGCUAAUUUCUCUCACUUCUUUCCGUGUGGCUGGACUUUUGAAAAUUCUGCACAAAACAAAAAAAUUCUCGAGCUUCAUUUAUCCAGAAACUUCGGAGGUUUCAAAAUAACUUUUUAAAGCGUAAAGUUUUUCCUCGAUGAAGUUUUCCAACAAGAAGGUUCUGAUUCACCAGCCCGCCUCAAAACAUUUUUGUCGCCAUUUUGACGCUAAAAACAAAAGGUUUUGAUGGUUUCCGAGAUUUUUCAGCUUUUCAGUCUUCCGAAGUUUCUUUCUAGAACUGUCCAGCCUAUUUUUGAUGUUUUAUAAUGAAAUUUGGAAAAUAAACGCUUCUUUUCUCAAACUUUCCUCACACGCAAUUAAAAUUAAUUGAUGACUUUUACAGUUGUAUUAUUUUUUUCAAAUUCUGCUUGAUAAAAGUAAUGUUAUUAAAAUUGCUCUGUCGUUUUUUUUAGUUUGCUUUUGCUCUCAUUUCAACCAUCCGAAAACAAUCCGACUCUUCUUUCUCAAAACAACUACAUCGCCCUGUCCCAUAAGAAGUUGUAAAACGGGCCUUGUCCGGUAUGCUCUGUCAUGAAAUGGACCCAUUAUUUCCGCCUAUUCUGCUCCGAAAUCAUUUUGAAUUAAAAUACAGGUUUAAGAGUAAGAAGCAGGAUUAGCGUGGAAAAGAAUUGAAGGAAUAAGCAUAAGAUGGCAACCUACCUUUUUUCAACAUUCACCACUUUUAUAAACUCGCCGAGAAGUUCGAAAUGAAGUAGGAGAAAACACCAAACUACCCUGAAGCCCCCAUAGAGAUAUAAGGAAAAAGGAAGUAAUCUUCAUCGUUUCGAGAACUUCACUGUCCCUCCUAUGAUUUUAAAUCUAUUUUUGACUGACGUCUAUAAAGGGCUUGAAAAAGAUAAAACGGAAAGAUAGAUUUUUUUCAUUUAAAAAUGUAGGCAAAUUUCUAAAAGUUUUAACUAACAUCAAAAAGUUGAAGAAUGCCAAAAUUUGGUGAAAAUAUUAGAGCGAUAACGAGACCCGGAAGCCUUUCUGAAAGAACGGCGGCUAAAGGGACGUUCAGCAACAGCAGAAGCGAUGAAUCAAGACGUCGAGCCGCAACCUUGAAUCGCCGUCGGCCAUUUGCUACAUUUUGAUGUGUCUUUUUUGGGCACGCGCCACAUUCAACUCAUUUAUCGGCAGGCGCCGCAUUGCUGACACGAACAAUCUGGAUCCGUUCUUUUUUCCGAAACUUUUUCAAGUUUUCAAAUCUUAUCUGGCUCUUCAUAGUCAGGUUCUUCGAAGCAAUAAGGAAAUGUGGAUAUUAAUGUCCUCAACCUGAAUAGGCUCACGAUGAAACAAGAAUUUCGGCUAUUCAAGAAUCUAAGUCCUCCCCCUGGUCCCGAAACUCCAAAAACCGGUUUGGUAACUGCUCAAGUGACCUCUCGACUGUCCCUUACAGUCACAAAGUGAUGCUAUUUCUUUUCACCCCACCGAUAAACGGCUGGAGGUAAUCCUCAGUCCGACACCAGUUCUUUUAAUCGCCCCGACGCGAGAACAAUUUAAUAAUCGAUUAUUUUGCGUUCGAUUUGUUUUUUCAAUAUUUUCGUUAUCUUCUUCCGGUCACGCCGACCGACUGAUAAGCUUUUCGCAAACUAUUCACUUAAAAAAAGAUAACUUUUUUUUAUAAAAUAAAAAGUUAUUGCUUGAUUGGGUAGCUUGUGGUCUUUAUGUUUCCAGUUUGACUAAACUAAUCGGCGAGAAAUUUCAAAUUGGUCUAUAAGCAGUUUUUCGGGAUCUUAUGAUUAUUUGUUUGUUUUCUGAUAGCAGUUGCUUUCAACUGCAAUACAAGUUCCUUUCCUUCAAAUGAAAUUUCAUUAUUUUUUCAUAAUAAGAGUUAUGGUAUAUUCUCGUGAACUUGCUUAUUCUCAUACAAAGCUCGGAAAAAAUAUCAGAAAUAACUGAUUUCUUUGUAGAGAAUCUAUCAAUUUUUCAUAGCUUCAAAACGUACAGAAAAUAGUAAAAAAUUGUCGAUAUAGAGUUUUCUUGGUCCUUUUUUCGUGUAAAAAAAUGAAGCUUUUGAAAUCGCCCCCGCAGAAAGAUAUGAAAAACAUCAUGACUUUGUUAAAGCUCAGGAAAAGGAGGGAUGCGCCGAUGGAAGGCGUUGGUACUGCUUCUGGCGGUGCUCGACGAGGCGCGAAUUUCCUUGGGCGACGUCGUUGAGGCCCGACCGCCCGUCAUUUCCACCAGACGUCGUGUCAAGAAGAUUCCCUCCAACGUCCCGAUUCGAGAGUGUCAGUUUUCGAUCCUUUCUUGCUUUUUUGACAUGUUAUAGGUUGACUCGGACCUCGGUAAGGGCUACUAACGCUUCUGAGCAAUUCACGCUAUAGUGCCUUCAGCUUUUUGAACUCCUAAGUGAUCCCUAGAAUUUCUCAGAAACGGCCGGGGCGCGUCCGGUUUUCAUUACCGAGUUCCGAGAAGUACAAAAUAAAAGUCUUCCGACUUAACUUCUCAUCUUCCUACUUUUUGACCAUGAAGUAUUUUAUUUUCCCAGUUUGUAAGCAGGGCCUGACUAUCAGAAAAUGUUCGAGUUUAUUGGUUUUAGACAAAAAUCUGGGAAAUGUUCAAAAAAACUUGUUGAGCGAAAAUUUGGUUACUUUUCGUUUCAGUUAUUGUUUAUAAUUCUUGUGUAAAAAAUGUUGAGUCCAUUCACGUUCUAGUGAUAGUUUUUUACAAAAAUCACCCGUGAAUAGGCUUAUAUCUUUUUAAAAAUCAAAUUAUUCUUUUUCAACAGUCUUUUUUUCAUAAAAUAUUUUUCUAGGGAACAUAAAUCAUGAUGGAGGUAAGGUAAAUUUUCUAUCUUACUGUGACUGUCUGCUACUACUAUCCUUCCCCUAUGUUUUAAUCAGAAAACAAAGAAAUUGUUAAGGACAAAAAUAAGUGGAAAUACAGAAACUUGCAAAAGAUUUCUGCACGAAGUGGGAUUCGAACCCACGCACCCAUACGAGUACCAGAACGCCCAGAGGCCUCGAACUCGAGGCAAGCUAUCGCUUGAGUCUGGCGCCUUAGACCACUCGGCCAUCCGUGCUGAUGUGUCUGGUAAUGUGCCUUGUCCCCUAUACCCUCUCUCACGGCGCUCUACUACUAGUCUAGUAAUGAACGCUGCUUCUUUUUAACGCUAAUUUAUAAGCUCAUUCAUGGGCUUGUAUUUUUUUAAUUUUGCAGUUAUUAAAAAAAGAAAAUAAUAAUCUUCAUGCACUUUUUUUCCCCAAAACGAACGGUGUUUGUUUUCAUUUUCUCAUGAGAAAAAAAAUUGAGCCUCGAGGCGAAAUGAGAAAUAUAUCACUUUUAUUAGAAAGAAAAAGGAUAAACCUUCGUCUGAGCCGUACUUUCGAAAUUCAUCUACUUCAGGAUUUUUUUUUUCAUAUGUCCUAUGUGGAAAUUAGCUUUUUUCGAUGAAAUGAAAAAUCUGGGUGCAUUCAAUUUCCAAAAUGGCAACAAAUUCCAAUCGACGUGAGAGCUUUUUCAUUCGGAGAAAUGCUGCUUGCCUCCAGUUUUUUAUCGUAUUUUGACAGGCGACCUAAUCGUUUCAAGCCUCGCCUUUUUCGCCCAUUUGUUAUCAAAUUGCCCCAGGCGUCGUCCCGGUCGUGCUCUUUGUGGAAUUGAGACCGACCUCUCUUCUUUUUUACCGAUUUUCCCAACCUUGCAGGAUUUUUUCUCCCUUCUUUCUCUUAGAGCCUGAACCUUGUCUUGUUUUUCCGAGACAGAAGCAGAAGAAUAAUUUUUAGGAACUUUUUAUUUUUAUUUUUCGUCAUAAAAUAUAAACUUUGAAUAAAUGUUCUGUUUAUCUGAGUAAGAAGUCUUUCAUGAACAAAUUUUGUCGAGCCUGUUUAAUCAAAAAAAAAAAAUCAUGAUUGAGAAAUAUUUCCUCACAAAUAGGCUCUUUUUUGGCCGAAGCUGUGCUUCUUGUUCGUUUUCCAAUAAAGAAAUUGUAUUUUACAGAACUACAUGGACUUAAAGUAGCUCCUAUUGUAUGUACAUUUACACUAUUUUCUUUUUAAUUGGAUUGAGCCAAGCUCAGUUGUGGAAGAAAUCGUGCAAGGAAGGAGAAGUCGGCGAGUGCGGUAAGACUUGUGAGAAGGAACCCGAAAAUUAGAAAAUGAUUCAAAAUAAUGAGUUCAAAAGUUUUCGCAAAAAAGUCACAGUGACAUUUCAACCAAAUAUCUCUACAUCUAUCACAUGGCAAGGGAAAAUAACCGUUUUCCCUACUCCUUAUCAUUUUGAUAAAAGGUCGCGAUCAUUUGGACAACGACUUUCAUAUGCAUUUUACCUGGAAAAGACCUUCAAAUCAAAAAAUUAUUGUAACUGCAAAAUUUUGGGCUUUCAAUUGAAAGAAAAUGAAGAAAUUUGUCGUGUCUUGUUUUUUUUUCCCACAAUCGGACCAUUGUUGUGAAAUAUCUAUUGGCUUAUGUCUGAGCUUGCAAACCUUCAUGGAGCUUCUAGAAAAAGCCUGAAUGUAUCAAAUAACCUGUGAACAAACUUUUUCAGUCUGUUCCGGCACUAACAAUGGAAUUUCGAGAUUUGGAUCCGGCAGUAUUCUUAAUGAUCUUCAAGCUGUAAGUGAUACAAUAAAAUGAAAAUAUUUUCAAUUUCUUUGUUCAGAUGUACAGCGGCUGCCGUCGAGUGUACGGUAACCUUGAGAUCACAUGGAUUGAAGAGAGCGAAAUCCUAA